AUAUUUAAAAAUCAUUGAAAAUAAAAAUUAACUCUCUCACCAAACACUCCUUUUCUGACAACUCUCUACCUCUCUGCACAAACUUUCCUUGUCUUUCCCUCUCAGUUUUGUCACUUUUCCCCCAAAAGUUUCCUUCAAACCUUUCGAUUCUCUCACCGAUCAUGCUUCAAAGCUUGCUCCCCCGAUCCCCCCUCACUUCCAACCCUAACGCCAUGAAAACUAAGCGCUCCGACGCUGAUUCCUCCGCCGACGAACCUUCCUUCAAGCGACACAACCUCUCCGGCGCCGACGAAGCUGAUGAGGAACAGGCCUUCGAACCUGAAGCUCAAGGUGAGUCCACCGGUCUCAAACUCCUAGGGCUUUUGCUUCAGUGUGCCGAGUGCGUUGCCAUGGACAACCUCGACUUCGCCAACGACCUCUUGCCUGAGAUCGCCGAACUCUCCUCGCCGUUCGGGACGUCGCCAGAGCGCGUUGGCGCGUACUUCGCUCAGGCGCUGCAGGCCCGAGUGGUGAGUUCCUGCCUCGGUACGUACUCUCCGUUAACGGCCAAAUCGGUAACCCUGACUCAGUCGCAGCGAAUCUUCAACGCGUUUCAAUCCUACAACUCGGUCUCGCCGCUGGUGAAGUUCUCGCACUUCACCGCGAACCAGGCCAUCUUCCAGGCCCUGGAAGGCGAGGAUCGCGUCCACAUCAUCGACCUGGACAUCAUGCAAGGCCUUCAAUGGCCAGGAUUGUUCCACAUCCUCGCCUCUCGCUCCAAGAAGAUCCGCUCCAUGAGAAUCACCGGGUUCGGAGCCUCCUCCGAGCUUCUGGAGUCCACAGGUCGGAGACUCGCCGACUUCGCGAGUUCGCUUGGGCUUCCCUUCGAGUUUCACCCGGUGGAAGGUAAAAUCGGGAGCGUGAGUGAGGCGAGUCAACUCGGCGUUAGGCCGAACGAGGCGACAGUGGUGCACUGGAUGCACCACUGCUUGUAUGAUAUAACUGGCAGCGAUUUAGGGACGUUGAGAUUGCUGACUCAGCUUAGGCCGAAGCUUAUCACGACCGUUGAACAGGAUCUCAGCCACGCCGGGAGUUUCCUCGCGCGCUUCGUGGAGGCCUUGCAUUAUUACAGCGCGUUGUUCGACGCGCUCGGGGAUGGGUUGGGUGUGGACAGCCUCGAGAGGCAUACGGUGGAGCAGCAGUUAUUGGGCUGCGAAAUCAGAAAUAUUGUGGCAGUGGGGGGGCCCAAGAGAACGGGUGAGGUUAAGGUGGAGAGGUGGGGGGACGAGUUGAAACGGGUCGGGUUUCGACCGGUUUCUCUCCGGGGCAACCCGGCUGCACAGGCGAGUUUGUUGCUUGGAAUGUUCCCUUGGAGAGGGUACACGCUUGUGGAAGAGAAUGGUUCUCUGAAGCUUGGUUGGAAGGAUCUUUCUCUGUUGAUUGCUUCAGCUUGGCAACCCUCUGAUUCGGUUGAAAUCAUUUGAUGAUAGUUUUGUUUGAACUUGAUGGAUGGGUACCCCUUGCUGCUUUCUGUGCUGCAACCCCCAGAAAGGACAUGGUAUUGGGUGGCAGAGAGGAGAAUCUUUUUUAAGUUAGUGAAUUGAAAGUGCGAAAUGAUUGCAAGUUAAUUUUUUAAUUUUUAUUGAUUGUUUAAUUGAUUGAGAGUGGGGUGGAAGGGAGCUCCUAUUACAUGGGAAAGGAGGGGUGGAGUGUAUAAUAAUGAUUCAGCCCAAUGUCUAAUGUGGAGUGGAAUGCUGGGUAGGCUAAGCUUAUCUCGAAUGAAUAAUAAUAAGGGGCAAGACUUGGGAGAGAGAGAGAAUGACGUCUCCUUCACGUCCACUGGUUCUGUGGCAAUAGUGGGAUGGGGAUGGGGAUGGGGAUGGAGAUGGAGAUGGGGUGUGGGUGGCUAGGGAAAGAGCGCAGAGUGUACGGCCUACACCCACAGGAAAUAGAAUAGAAUAGAAUAUUUCUCCUACUGCUUACUGCUUACUGCUAGUCAAUUCCUCGUCUCUGCCCUCUGCCCUCUGCCCUGUGGCCCGUGGCCGAGCGAGAGCGAGAGCGAGAGCGAGAGCGAGAGUUCAGUCUUCAUUUUUCCUUGUGGACCUAACUUUUCUGUUAUAUUUAAUGAAUUAUUGCUUAUUUU